AUUACAGGUUGUAAUGCAACAAAAAUAGGAAAAACGCCAAGGGGGUUGAAUACUUUUGCAAGGCACUGUUAGUAAAAUUUAAAAAAGUUAGUAGAAUCAUGAACAUUGAGGACUUGCAUUUUGCCUUAAAAGUACAUGAUCGUCGCUUGCCAUUAUUUCAGUCUCUGGUUGCACUUGCAUCUCAUUCAAGUGUCAUUCAAACAAUUUUCAUUUCCAUGUCUAUUGUAGGACAUUUAUUUGGGUUGUCUUUGUCCUACUAUAUUGUCAUAGUAAAUGAUAACGUUUUCCUGGCUGCUUAAAUUGAAAUGAAUAUUGCAUACUAGUGCAAUCCCAAAGAUACAACUAUAAAUGUAGCACUUAAAUAAAUAAAAAUACAUUUGGAAUUGUUGCUUCCCUUUAAUUGAUUUUCGGCUACUUUAGCCUAAAUCAUUUUAUCAGCAUCCAGCAUUGUUUCUGCUAUUUGACAUGCCUAAUUGACCAUAAUUUAAUGGCAAAAGCAUCAAGCCUUAAUGUAACUGCUUUGGAAUAAUGCAUGGGCUUAUGUAAAUAAUACCUCCACACUGCACAGACGUCAGUUCGUCUAGUUUUGAUUUACAUUUGGUUGAGUUGUCAAAUAAUGUGAAUAUAACUUUAAAUCAAAUGUCACCAUGUCAUUGGUUUUAGGUUGGGUCGGGAAAAAAAUAUGCCCUUACCUUGACUUUUUGCAAAUCCAAUCAGUUUCACGUUGAUUCAUCAUUGCAUAGAUUUUAUGGAAACAACGUUGAUUCAUCCAGUUUUGCCAAUGGGUCGAUUUCGCCAUGCAUGUAAAAACAUCAGCUGUGCUUCUUGAUGGUCUUGAUUUAUUAGGCCUAGGGCCUACAUGAUUCUGUUAUGUAUUUGUUAUGUUAAAAAGCUAUAUUAAUGUGCGCAACAUUUCUAAACGUAUGUUAUUUUCGACCACUUAUUACAUUUCCAUAUGCUAAAUGUUCCUGUAAUAUAGCAGUAUUAUAAGCACCCCUCUGACGUUAGCGUUUGAUAAAACUACUAGCUCCGUGAACUGUAGCAUAUAGUUAAGUUAUUUUCAAAUACAUUGUGAUAUUUUAAGAAACUUCUCAAAUUUUUUCAACUCACAAUUUUCAGAAAAUACCAUUUUAAACCUGUGGAAGCAUAAACAUUGGACAAUUUCUUGAGCACCCUGUCCCGGAAACGCUUCAGAGGAAAUGCAAGGUGCAAACUAUACAUUUUAUUUUACCGCGUUUUACGAUUAUUUAAAGGUGUGAACUGUGAACACAACAUUAGUGCCAUUACAUUCACUUCCUGAAACAUUUUCCGCUCAUAUAGAAUUGGCGGCACGCCGAGUUGUGACGUAUAGCCUGGGCUACAUACUCCGUACUGUGCAUAGGUUUUUGCCAUAUGAAUGUGGAUGUAAAUUACAAAAGUUAAGAACAUCGUCGCACAUUCCGUUUUUAAAAACACGUCUACAGGUUGCCAUGGCAACAACGGAGAGUGACCCGAGUGGAUCCGGAGGACUCUCCAGGCAGAAUUCGGGAGUGGCGGGACCUUGGGAAUCGGACUUGAUUGCGGUGCAGCACAGUUUGAAGUUUGUGAAGAAGCUGGAAGAGCACUAUGUUUGUCCCACCUGUAAAGGAGUAGUUCUCAACCCACACCAAACCGGCUGCGGACACAUCUUCUGCUACCGCUGCAUCCAAGGGCUCCUGGAAAACUCCCCAGCCACCACCCCUGCCUGUCCUUUGGACAGAGGUUUGAUCAAAUCUGAUGAGGUUUUCCAAGACAAUUGCUGCAAAAGGGAGAUCUCAAAUUUAGAAGUCUACUGCACAAACUCUCCCAACUGCUCCCACAGAAUCACAUUAUGUCGAUUGCAGGAGCAUCUACAGGCAUGUCAGUUUGAGUCGUUGCAGUGUUCCAAUGCAGGCUGCAGUGAGAUCAUGCAACGUAAGGACCUGCAGGAGCACCUCAGCAUCAGCUGCUCCUAUCGUAUGGAGCCCUGUCACUACUGCAAGCAUCCUUACACAUGCUGCCAACUCGAGGACCAUGAGAGGCAUACAUGUCCAGAGGUUGAAAUCAAGUGCCCCAACAAAUGCUCCCAGAUGAUUAAACGAUGUAUGGCGUGCCAAGUGGGUGGGCGGCGGGUGACCGUGGUCGAUACUCUGGGCUGGGACUGGCGCUCCGUGCAGGACACGUCUGAGUGGGUGAAGCAGGAGGUGGUACGCAGCGUUCAGAACCUCACACCCACCUCCCCGUGGUCCCGGGUGACGUGA